UUGCUUCUGUCUGGAAAUCAGUUGCUGGUUUUCAAUGGCCUCCUCCUCUUCAUCAUCGUCAACUCGCAGCUGGAAGUAUGAUGUCUUUUUGAGUUUCAGGGGUCCUGACACUCGCAAAGGGAUUACAGCCCAAAUACGCGAUCGACUUCGUAGAAGUGGCAUUAUAACGUUCAUGGAUGAACCAGAUCUUAGAGUAGGGGAUACCAUUUCGCCCACUCUCAUAAAGGCAAUUAAAGAGUCGAGGUUUGCAAUCGUAAUUCUCUCGCAAAAUUAUGCUUCUUCUACUUGGUGUUUGGAGGAACUUAGAGAGAUUUGUCUGUCCAUGGAAGACAACAGAAUUUUGCCACUUUUUUUUGAAGUUGAUCCUACUGAUGUUCGACAUCAGAAGAAGAGUUUCGAAGAAGCUUUCUCUAAGCAUGAAACCUCUGGCCGACAUGAAUCAGACAAGUUGAAUCAAUGGAGGGCUGCCAUAAGCAAAGUGGCCAAUAUCUCAGGGUGGAACACAAAUGAUUAUAAGACUCACGAAGAACUUGUUGACAAGAUUGUGGAAUCUCUCCGCAGUGAAGUACCACCAGAUGCAAUUGAAUUCACAGAUGAUUUCCAAGCAUUUGGAGCAACAAAAGAAGCGACAGACAAGGUUAUGAAGGCGCUAACAGAUGACAAGAUUACUGCCGUUGGUGUCUAUGGCAUGGGCGGCGUUGGAAAGACAAGCAUGGUGAGACAUGUAGCUGCACAAGCCUGCAGAAAUGGUACUUUUAACCACUGGAUUAUGGCUGUCGUAUCCCAAAACCUUGACUUGGAAAAAGUUCAAGGUACAUUGGCAGAUUUGUUGGGCUUUAAAUUCGUCGAGGAGACAGAAGCUGGAAGAGCAAAUAAGUUGCAUAAGGAGAUCAUGAGAAAAGAAAAACUCCUGAUAAUUGUGGACGAUGUUUGGGAGAGAACAGAGUUGUCAAAGAUAGGGAUUCCCACCUACAAUGAGCUUCAAAAGUGCAAGUCCAAAGUGCUACUCACCACCAGGAGAUUGAAUGUCUGUAAUGCCAUGAAGUGCCAUGAAAAGAUCAGCCUCAAAGUUCUCUCAGAUCAAGAUUCUUGGACCUUGUUCGUGAGAAAUGCAGGAACAAUUUCUUUUGAGCCCACCUCAUUUGAGAAAGUGGCAAGGAGGGUAGCUUUAGAGUGUAAGGGUCUACCGAUUGCAUUGAUAGCUGUUGCAAGGGCACUCGGAGAUGAGGACCAGGAGGAAUGGGAGAAGGCAGCUAACAGCCUAGAGCAGUCGCAAUAUGUCAAUCCCAACCAUGAGGAAGAUGAGGAAAAUGCGUUCAGUUGUAUACGAUUAAGCUAUGAUUACUUGAAAAAUGACGACCACAAGUCAUGCUUCUUGCUCUGUUGCCUGUUCCCAGAAGACCAUGCCAUCUACAUAGAAGACUUGUUCCGGUACGCGAUCGGAAAAAGAUUGUUUCGAGAUGCGAAAACAAUGGAAGUAGCCAGAGGAAGAUUAGUUACAGUGGUCAAGUACCUGAAAAAUUCUAGCUUGCUUUUGGAUAGUGAGGAAAAAGGAUGUGUAAAGAUGCAUGAUGUCAUCCGGGAUACAGCCAUUCAAAUUGCCAAAUCUGAAGAUUGCCAUCGGUUUUUGGUGGAAGCUGGUCGUGGUUUAAAGGAUUGGGCUCCACGGGUAUUGCAUGAAGGCUGCACUGCAAUUUCACUGAUGAACAACAAAAUUCGCAAGCUACCUGAAGAAGAGUUGGUAUGUCCAAAUCUCCAGAUUUUAUUACUAAACGGGAAUGCUGUACUAAGUGAGAUCCCCGAAAAGUUCAUCCUGAAUCUGAAAGAGUUAAGGGUCUUGGAUCUUAGUUACACUGAUAUUUCUGUAUUACCCCAAUCAUUUAGUCUCCUCACCAACCUCCAAGCUUUGUAUUUAAAUGGUUGCGACAAAUUGAUUGACAUUUCUGUUGUGGGGAAACUUAAGAAGCUUGAAAUUCUUAGUAUCAGAGACUGUUCCAUGGGGAAAUUGUCAAGAGAAAUAGGACAUUUGACCAAUCUAAGGAUUUUGGACGUCAAUUCCUCUGCGAUACGAUUCAUAAUUAGAAGAGGACGGCUGAUGUGCACAUUUCCCUUUACAAUUCCAUCUAAAGUGAUACCAAAGUUGCAUGAAUUAGAAGAAUUAUACAUGGUGUACUGUGGCUUUGAGGAGAACGGGUGGUGUGUAGCUGAGGGACCAACAGAAACAACCAAUAUUAUUAGGUUUGAUGAGUUAGCUGGUUUAUCAAAUUUGAAAAUAUUGCAGGUUGGCUUAUCCGAUGAAAGUUUCAUCCCUAAAAAUGUUGAGGUCGCACCAGAUUGGGAUUACUUUUGUAUAACUAUCAACGGCAGAUACCCCAACUCUGUAUACGAACAAGGAGAUCAUAAUUCAAGAUCCUUGUUUCUUAAUGGAGCAACCAUCAGUACCUUGCCUGAUUGGUUUAUCAAAGCGGUGACAGAGAAAACAGAGAAGCUAGAGUACAACCGUUGCGGAGGGAUGAGUGACAUUGUUAUGGAAUAUGACCAUGGCAGGUUACAUAAACUCAAGCAUCUCACAGUUGCUGGGUGUGCUCGUGAUUCUUCUUAUGUGUACUUGAAAGAGUUGGUGAACACAACAAGACGAGUUGAAACCGGACCCGUGUUUGAGAAUUUGGAAGAGUUGCAUCUGAAAUUUCUGAAGCACCUGGAGGAGUUGUGUGUUGGUGAGUUACCACCUGGGUCUCUCUCAAAUCUCAAGGUGUUUCAUGUGUUUUCGUGUACGAUUUUGAGGAGUGUAUCAGAAUUUGUACAGAGACUACCAAAUCUGGAGAAACUAGAUUUAAACUAUAUGGUCAAAUUGGAAUAUGUGUUUAGAUACGAAGGGUUCGAGCCAGAACAAUCAAAACUGAGGGAGAUGCAUUUGUUGCGUCUAGAAGCACUAAGAAGCAUAUGUAAUGGUCCCGCUCCACAUGCAAUGUUCCAGAGUCUUAAAAUUUUGACCAUUGACCGUUGCCUGCUGCUGCAAAGUCUGUUCGCAUCUGAUGUAGCGGACUGUCUUGUUCAAUUGGAAGAACUUCUUGUAGUGGAUUGCCCUUUGUUGGAAAGAGUAAUGGAAGCAGUGACCAAGGCGAAGACGGUUCUACCAAAACUGAAGAACUUGGGUUUGAUGAAUCUUCCUAUGUUGUAUGGUCCAAUUGCUGCCGUUGAUAUUGAGUGUCCUUCAUUGGAACACUUGAUGGUGGAGGAUUGCCCCAAGCUUUUAUUUUCAACUUUUUCCGAUCUCUUCAAAGCCUUCAAAAGCAGGAACCAAUUUUCAUUUUCAGCCUCGGCGUGUCAGAACAUCUAGGUUCCAAUUGCGAAAUCCCAAGUUCAGCUUCUGACUUCCAUUGCAGGAAGUAACCAAGUUCAACUCUAUUUCUUUGUCUAGGUAUGCAAUGUGAUCAACUGAAUUAUUUUCUUUUCAUUGAAUGGUAGAUUUCUUGUGAUGCCACAUAUAUAAACUAAAAAUGUUACUUUUUUCUAAGAUAAUGGAGUUCUCAUAAUUCAUUUGCUUUCCCAAUCUUCUGUGUAUUAGUGAUUCAGUGCAACAAACAAAUUUUAACUUCAGUUUUCUUUU